AUGGCGAAAAAGAAGAAGCCUCAGCUGAAAGCCACAGUGCAGCGUGGCUUUGCCACCACGUCUGUGCCCAAGAAGCAGACGGAGCCAGAUACACAGAAACAAGCGCCUGCUCCGUCCACGCCGAAGGCCGAGCUCGUAAGUAACGCACAGGCCGCCAGUGGACACGCCGAGGCAGUUCACAGCGACGCGCCAGUAGAGAACGAGACCGGGCACAGCGAAUACUGCCCAGAAGAGGAAGAAUGGCAGGCCUUGAAGAAUCUUGUGCAGCUUGUAUAUCCCAAGGUCGAAAAAGAAACGCUACGGCGCACCAAAAUAAUCAGCUUCCAGCAGCGCUUUGCCAAGUCACUCACGUCUAUCUCCUUUGAUCCAGAGGUGUGUAGUGCUACAUUGUCGUGGGCACGCCAUGACCAGCCAGCGCUUGUGCCGCCCUUUCCCAGUGAGCUGGGCGACGACGCGCGCCUCCAGUCGGUGUUAGGCAUCUCUGCGCCACCCGAGGCGGAGGCCAAGGCCCUCGAGUAUGCCCUGACGACGUGGGAACUGCUUCUCUCUCUCGGCUUCUCACGCACGCAUGCAUCGCUUGUUAUCGAGCAUGCACCGACUUUGGAGAUUGAGGACUGCGUGGCGUGGCUUCUCGCGUGGCUCGAGCCGGACGAAUACCGCAAGCUUCAAUUUCAUGUCGAGACACCGCAGGAGACACCAGUUGCCAAGGCCGCUGCGCUGGACCCAUCUAUUCCUCCUAGUCAUCCCGCCUAUGAAUUUCAGCGCAUUGAGCGCCAGACGCAGGCGCCUGCCGACUUAAGCACACGAGCCAACGCACCAGCCGAGGUGCGUCUGCAGGAUGUGGAUGCCGAGCAGAUGGAGCAUCUUCGUCGUACGGCGCAAAAUUUAGUGCGCGAGAGCCAAGCCAUGCUCGACUCGGAGGCCCCGUGCGUCGACACUGUGGAACACCCCAUCGAGGCAUGGUGCACGGGCCGUAUCCUCCAGCUGCAAGUGGACCAAGAGCGGUCGCGGCGCCGCAAGGCUCUUGGUGGGAGUCCAGACGCGCAGUUGUCGCAGGCACUGGGCCAUGAAGAUACGGAGAAGCAGCUUAAGCGCCUGUCUCAACGGGCGAACGAUCUGCUGCAGCAGAGCGAGAUUCAGCCGCAAUUCCAUCGUGCCAUGGCGAUGCAGCGUUUCCGUGAACGCAUGCGCCAGAAAGAAGCAGAGGAAGCGGAGAAGAUGCGUCGCAGUGAAGAAGAAGCGGCAGCAGAGCGCCGCCGCCGCGCUGAGCUGGAUCUGCUACAUAAGCCGUCCACUGAGGCGCCAGAUACACAAGCACCUGAGGUACAGCAGGAAGAGACACCGGCAGAGUCCUCGGAUGACGAAAUUGGCGCUAUGCUAGACGAGGGCCUGGGACUCUUGGAUGAGCCAACCGAGGCGCAAGGCUCGACCGUGCAUUUGCGCAACAUCCCGGCUCAGAAUGGCGCUCGGACACCCCGCUCUCUCCUAUCUGAUGUGCUGAAGCAUGUGGAUCCACAUGCGCGCACCAAGUACGUGCCGCUGUCGUCGGGGGCGGUGCACCGUACGCAGCUGGAGAUUCAUUGGACGACCAAAGGCGGACUCCCGCCGCUCAUGGAUAUCUUCAAGCUGACUGGGGAGGGCUGUGCUACGCGCGCCAUGUCGGAAGACUACGCCGCGACAAUUGCUCUCAACUGCUUUGGGCGUGAGCGUGGGGCACAGCGGUUGCUAGGCGCAGGAUUCCGGGAUAUUUGGGACGAGCUGGAGGCGCGACGUGCGGAACAGCGGGAUGCGUUUUUGCGCGAUGAGGUUCAGCAUGUCCAGCAUCUGCUUCAGCGGCGUGCGAGUCGCGCGUGGCCCAGCGCCAAGGGUAUCCAACGCAACAAGGCGCCGACAACGCCGGACCAUGCACCAAUCCAGGGGCGGCGUUGUGAUGCGGACCCAGCCGUCGCUGCGAUGUGGGAAGCGCGUGUAGCGUCGGAGGCCUACCAGCGCAUGCUUCCUGGACGCCACGAUUUGCCCAUCUUCCAAGCGCGUUCGGCGAUCCUGGAGAGUGUGCAUGCAUCCCAAGUGGUUGUGCUGAGCGGAGAAACGGGCUGUGGCAAGUCUACGCAGCUACCAGCGUAUCUGAUGGAGGAUGCACUUGCGCGUGGCGAGCGCUGCAAGAUCUACGUGACCGAGCCUCGACGUAUUUCUGCCAUCUCGCUGGCGGAGCGUGUGUCGCAGGAGAUGGGUGAGGCGCCCAAGUCUGUCGGCACAGGCGAUAGCCUCGUCGGCUAUGCCAUACGACUCGAGAGCCAAGUCGGACCGCAAGCCCGCCUGGUGUAUGCGACGACAGGUAUUGUGUUGCGUAUGUUGGAGUCGUCUGUGCUGGACCAGGUCACGCACAUUAUUGUCGAUGAAGUGCACGAGCGGACGAUUGAGUCGGACUUUUUGCUGAUUGUGCUCAAGACACUCAUGCAAAGGCGGCCCGAUCUGAAGAUUGUGCUCAUGUCGGCAACGCUGGAUGCGGAACGAAUCAGUGCGUACUUUGGAGGAUGCCCCACACUGGCGGUGCCUGGCCGCACGUUUCCGGUCGAUGUGCAUUUCCUGGAGGAUGUACUGGAAAUGUGUGACUAUACGCUGGAGCCCGAUUCGCCCUAUGCUCGGCAGGAUGAGAAGUUGAAUAAGGUUGAUGUGCAGGCCGCCGAGCUCGACAUGGACGCCGAGGAAGACACCGGUGUCGUUGGCCCUGGCGCAGAUGGGCAGCAGUACCAGCUCAAGACGCUUGACACGCUGGCAAGGCUCAAUGAGCACAAGAUUCACUAUGAGCUCAUGGGACUGCUGCUGCUGCAGCUGCUGACGGAUCCACGCUGGGUACCCUUUAAUCAGGCGAUCCUCGUGUUCCUGCCAGGUAUGGGCGAGAUCCGCGAGUGUCUCAAGAUGCUGAGUGAGCAUGCCAUCUUCCAAAAAGAGUGUAUCGUGCAUGUGCUACACUCGAGCGUGGCCUCUGAGGACCAGAGUGCGGCAUUUUUGCCGCCGCCGCCGGGCCAGCACAAGGUUGUACUGGCGACGAACAUCGCCGAAACGGGUAUUACGAUUCCUGAUAUUACUUGUGUUAUUGAUACCGGUCGGCACCGCGAAAUGCGAUACGACGAAAAGCGCAAGAUCAGCCGCCUUGUCGAGUGUUUCGUGGCACAGAGCAAUGCCAAGCAGCGCCGGGGACGUGCUGGACGUGUACAGCAUGGUGUGUGCUUCCACAUGUUCACACGCAAGCGCCACGACGAGUAUAUGGACGCACAUCCACUGCCGGAAAUGCUGCGCCUGUCGCUACAGGAACUGGCUUUGCAGCUCAAGGUGAUGCCGCUGCAGGUGGGCACAAGUAUUGAGGAUGCACUUGCCCAGGCGCUAGACCCCCCCGAGGCGGUGAAUGUGCAGCGGGCCAUAGCCUCGCUCGUCGAGGUCGAAGCGCUGACGCCCCAGGAGCAAAUCACGCCGCUGGGACGUCAUUUGUGCCAUAUGCCACUUGAUGUACACCUGUCCAAGUUCCUGCUAAUUGCCUCGCUAUUCCAGUGCUUGGACACGGCGCUAAGCAUCGCGGCUGUACUGAACACCAAGUCGCCCUUCCUCACGAGCAUGGGGCGUGAGGCGGGUCGUGGCCGCCUAGCCUUCCAGACCCACGACAGUGACUUUUUGGCCCUGGCGUCCAUGUUCCGUGCAUGGCGCCAGGCAGUGCAGAGGCACCAAGGACAGGCUUUUUGCGCAGCGCAUUCGCUCAGUGUGGAUGUGCUGUACCAAAUGGAAGAGCUCAGACAACAGUACUUUGCCUACCUCGUGGAUACAGGGUUUGUCACUGUGGAUCACAGUGUGCGCAACGAACUCGCACGUCGGCGUAUGCGCCAUGGUCGGCCCAAGCUGUUGGACAUUCCUACGCACCUCAAUACGCACAGCCUGGAUGCCUCGGUGGUCACACUUGCGCUUGUGGCGGCGAUGUAUCCGAAACUGCUCGUGGUCGACGAAGGGUCGCAACAGAUGCGCACACUCACAAACAACCAGCCGGCGACUGUGCAUCCUAGUUCGGUGAAUGCGCGCAAAGCACUGGGUGCCCCCUCGAUGCACUUUGUCUUGUACCAUUCGAUCGUGUACUCUCAUCGCCUCUAUGCAUGGGAGACAGCAGUCGUCGACGACCGCAUGGUCCUGCUUGUGGGUGGUGAGGCAGAGUGGCGGCACACGGCAAGGAGUGUGGUGCUGGACCACAACCGUGUGCGGAUGGCAGCGUAUGAUGGCGCAUCGCUCGUCGCGCUGCGAGUGCUGCGCGACCAGCUGCGACGCAUGAUGCAAGCGUCGUUCCAGGCCCCUGGCACGCCAUGGACGCCGGCCGAGGAGACUAUCUUUGCCCUGGUCCGGAAGCUGCUGGGCGGUCAAGACAAGCCACUAUAG